GAGGAAUAGUUCAUAACAAUGAUUGACGUGCGUGUUCGUCAACCGCACCAGACGUGGGCGGAUUUUUCAGCAACGUUGACAAACCACAGACGUGGAGGCGUGUCUUUUUUUAAUAGUAAAGAUAGAUUGAAGGGUUUGGGGCUUGUAGGCGAGUUGAAUUUGGUAGAAAAUCAAAGAGCAGUAGAAGGGGAAAUUUGGGUAAGAAUUUGUAGGAUCUGUAGGUGGGAUAUGGCUCAAGAAACUAACCAAACCCAAGGGCCUAUGCUCUGUACCACCGGCUGCGGAUUUUAUGGGAACCCGCGCACAAAUGGCAUGUGCUCGGUUUGUUAUAAGGACUUUCUGCAGAGACAAAACAGCAAUGGAAGAGUUAGCCCCCCUGCGUCUACUGGUGUCAGUAGUAUAGGAGAUUCUUUACCAACGCAGUGCUCGGAAGCCAGUACUGUAGAUGCAACGCCAGCGUUAGUCCAGGCAGCUGCACCGUCCGAACAAAGCAGUGUUGUCUCCAGCCAGUCUCUGUCACAAACAUCCGAAACAAAUUCUGAAGAGGAUGACGCAACGGGGUGCAAAGUAGAGUCUAAAACGGAAGAAUUGCAAGCUUCAGCCUCAGACGAGUCUGACCAGGCUUCUUCAGAAGGGCAGGACAAGUCACCCGAAAAGGCCAAACAGAAAAAGAAUCGCUGCUUUUUGUGCCGGAAGAAAGUGGGACUUACUGGCUUUGAUUGCAGAUGUGGGAAUUUGUUUUGUGGCGUCCAUCGUUACUCUGACCUUCACAAUUGUACUUUCGAUUACAAGGCUGAUGCAGCUGAGAAAAUUAGAAAAGAAAACCCAGUAGUUGUUGGAGAAAAGAUCCAGAAAAUUUGAACAGUGGCUUGUUUUUGGAUUUUGUAACAAUCUGCAACUUAGAUUGACUUAAGCUUAUUGUGUUUUUUUGGGGUUUUUUUUGUCAUUUAAUGGGAGUUCUGAGCAAUGUAUCCUAUAUAGACCCUUAAAUCAUGCAUGCCACCAGGAAUCGCAUUUUGAAAAUUACUUUUAAAAUAUUCUUUGUAUUUUUUUUAUGAUAUUAUUUUUUAAUUUCCUUUUGGAUGUUGUGGUUGGGUAAAUCUAAGGAAACUUUAGGAGUAAUACCAUUUUAUGCCAUCUUAAUUUUAGUUAAGUGCAGAGUUUACAGAACAGUUAGGUAAAAAAUACUAGAGGGCUGUGCUCUUCCAGUAUUUACAAACAAGCAUGUUGUCACCUUGAAAAUUUAUUUCCUUUGUAUAUAGCUUAUCCUUCUCCUGCAGCACGAUUUCUCUUUUGAAAUUGCCUUUUCGAGGCACACUUAGGUAUCAAUAAUUGAAUGUAUUCUAAUCAUUUUAUGGCUGCUUUUGUUCUUCAUUAAUGAAACAGGAUUUCAACAAAUAAUAUUGGCAUAUUCGCUUAUUUGCUCCCGCAACUUGUGUCUGAGUAAUUUUAGGAGUGUAUGCUGUAAAAGUUUGUGUGUGUUUCAUUUUGAAUGGGGUGGGGUGGGGAGAGAGCCUGUAUGCCAUUCAUUGCUGGCUGUGAGUAUCAUCCUGGGAAAUAGUUCAUAUAACUGAGCUUGCACAAAUGAAGUAUGACCUGAAAUUGUGCUGUAUUUAUGUUAGUUUAUUCACUGUCUUAACUUUGAUUAAAUAAAGUUAAAAACAAAUUGUUUUAUA